AUGGGUGCCAUCUGGGAUCUUCUUGAGCGGGCAGCCUGCCUCGCUGUCACUGCGGUCGCUCUUUUGGAAGGCCGCGCUGGUGCCACCUUCAACGGCAAGCCCUCGGUCUUGACCGAGCAAGGUCUGGUCAAGGGGUUUGUGGAGAACGAUGCCAAUGUUUUUCUGGGAAUCCCUUUUGCGCAAUCGACUGCUGGUCAGAAUCGGUGGAAGGCUCCUCAGAGCUUGCCCAAGGCCCCUAGGGCUGAGUUCGAUGCGACCUCUUAUGGCCCUUCCUGUGCGCAGGCUAUGUCCGGCAACAAAAUUGUUGCUCAGGGCGAAGACUGCUUGAACUUGAAUAUCUGGACCCCUCAGAAUGGCUCUAACCUACCCGUCUUUGUCUACAUCUAUGGUGGUGCGAUGGUCACUGGUGGCAAUAGCAAUGCUCAGUGGCAGGGACACAAUUUCGCUCGCAAGGAUGUGAUCUACGUGAACGUCAACUACCGUGAGAGCAUUUAUGCUUCUCCCAACGCUCCCGAGCUCGACGGCCAGUCGCAGAACUUUGGCAUUCUCGAUAUCGAGAUGGCUUUGCAGUGGGUUUACGACAACAUCAGAGGUAUGUCGUCAGCGUUCUUGUCCCUUGAUCAUGCGGUAACGUUUUUUGCCUUCACAGGAUUUGGUGGUGACAAGACCCGCAUUGUUUUGGGUGGUCACUCCUCCGGCAGUGUUCAUGUUGAUCAUUACUUGUGGAAUCAUCCCAAUACAUUCCUGGCGGGCGCCAUCGAAAUGUCCGCCAAUGCCGAGUCGGGACCCGCCGUCACCCCUUCCGGCGUCGGCUUGACCCAAGUGGCUCAGGACAUUGAAGCCGCCGGUGUUACACUCAGCUGUGACUCCAGCAAUCCGACCCUGGAUUGUCUUCGUAAGGUGGACAUGUACUCGAUCCAGACUUCCUACUUCAACUCGACCUCCAACACCUGGUUCUCCCCGAUUGUGGAUAACAUCACCCGCUUCGCGGACUACAAGUCGCGCUUCGCCGCUGGCAACUAUCCCAAGUCGGUCCCUCUGAUUGUCGGCAACUCCGACCAGGAGGGCAAGCUCUUCGGUAUGGUUUACUCUAGCGAGAACACCGAUUUCUCCAAAUGGAUCAAGACCUUCGAUGCCGACAUGGCUCAUGUGCCUGAGGACGAUCUCCUGGCGGCCUACAACGCCUCGGACUAUGAAACGGUCUCCCUCAUGAGCGGCGCCUCCUACGGAGACGCUCGAUUCUUCUGUCCCACCGACUACCUGAUCGACGUCCGUGCCAAAGAGCAGCCUACCUGGGUGUACCGUUGGUUUGGCGAUUACGACAACGUCAUCGGCAUCCCAGGAAUCGGCGCAUCGCACGGAAGCGAAGUGCCUUUCUUCCACGGAGGCAACGAGUGUUUCUCGAAACUGACCGGCGUUACAGACGCGCAGCAGGCGUUGGCUGAUUACAUGAACAACUGGUUUGUUGCCUGGAUCAAGAACCCCAGCGCCGGACCGGGCUGGGACCGGGCGAAGCCCACCAACGGACCCUUGGCUAAGCUCGGCGUCCCUGGCAACGAGCUGGCCAUGGAAACCGGCAGUACCGGCGAUUACAACGGCCGCUGCCAAUCCGUGUUCAACCCCAACAUCCCGAAGUAUCCUGUGGUCCAGAACCCGGUCACCCUGGCCAAAUCCUCCUGA